AUGCAGUGCCUACAUCCGAUGGGUCGGUACCGGCCCUGCUGCCCGCCUCCACAGGGGCCUGGAGCGCUGGCGCCGGCCCAGUUGGGCUCGUGGGGAUGCCGCGGUCGAGGUCCGGCCGUGCUUCAGUCCGGCCUGCAGGGCGUACAAAACGAGCACGAUGCCUCAGAGGCGAACAAUCAAUUCACUUCCGUUGCUGCCAUGCCGGAGAGAGGUCAGGCAUAUCGACAUGACGCCUGCCCAUCGUGGGCAGACUAUCUUUUGCCAGAAAGGAGUGACUUCCUUCCGUCACUUGAGCCCUCUUGCUCUGAUGAACACACACGAGGGGAUGAAGGCAGGCCCGAUUUGACGAGCGGACGUAACAGCUCUGCUCACACACACACACACACAUACACACACAAACACACACCUCAUAUAGACCUGGCAGCUUUUGUCUGCCCCGACACUACCUCCGUGGAAGAGAAGGCACAGACAAUCACUCGUUUGUUUCAGCCUCUUCCUGCCUCAUUUUCCUGUAGAUUUCCUACAAUCUUCCCAUGCCUCCCGGUUACCCUGUGGCCAGUAUCUGCUCCUCCUGGUGUGCACCAAAAUGAGCCCAUCGGGCGCUAG